AAUCAAUAAUAUCUCUUCAUAGGACUACUUUUCUAUGUUCUCGCAAUCAAAAUGGCAGUGCAUGACGUUUCUCGGAUCCCAAGGGCCGACGGGGAUGAUAAAACAGAUCAGUGACUAACCGCAAGCUUCGCGAAACACGAAAUACGACGGAGAUGAACUCCGAUAUCAUUAUCGAAUCCUGAACCUCCUUCUGUAGCCCUUAUCCGGGUACUUUUCUUAUAGAUUAUGGCUAUUUUAAGGUUGUUUGUAUAUGGUCAGAGCGAAUGGGCCACUCGCGUUGAAGCUGAAAUACGGGAGCGUAGUGGCAUGGCGAAGUAAUAUAUAUGGCUACUUGUCUUCUCAUCCUUUUUCUUUAAACACCGGACACACUUAAUGCCUUGCCCUGUUAUCCUUUCCCAUCAUGCAGCCAAGCUCGCCGGUUUCCCUUAACGGGACACAAGCUCCUUACAUGCCCUUCUUCUGUCUUAAAAAUCCUGAAGCUGAAGGAUGUGUAGACGAUACUGGCUACUACCUCUAUCGCAUUGAUCUUGCACCAAAUGCUGCAUUUCUUGCGAUAUUUACAGCGUCGUUGAUUGGUUUCAUUGUCACUUGGAUUUUCACCCGCAGAGGUACUGCUUUCAGUGUCGCCAUGGUCCUCGGUCUUCUCUGCGAGAUUAUUGGAUACAGUGGACGUAUCGCGAGUUGGUACAACCGCUUCGAUAUGAAUGCUUUUCUUACGCAGAUUUGUUGCUUGACCAUGGGUCCAGCCUUUAUGGCUGCUUCUAUUUAUCUCUGUCUUCGCAGGAUUGUAUCAGCUUUCGGACCAGAGAACUCACGGUUGCCUCCUGAGUACUAUACUAGAUUUUUCAUCCCUUGCGAUGUUGUCUCCCUAGUCCUUCAAGCUCUUGGGGGUGGUAUGGCCUCCGUUGCUUCUCAACAGUACAAAAGCGCCGACCUAGGCACAAACAUCAUGAUAGCAGGACUCGCCUUUCAGGUCGUCACGAUUCUCACCUUUAUUGCUUGCUCAGUCGACUUUGCCAUUCGAACUAUUCGUCGCCAGCGUGUCCUUGGUGGAGCAGCCUUUGAUCAGCGCCCUGAAAUCGUCAAGGUCCGCAAUUCUCGUCCGUUCAAAGCUUUUCUCUGCGCUCUAUCACUAUCUGCAUUUUGCAUUCUUUGGAGAAGCGCCUUUCGAGUUGCAGAAUUGUCUGGAGGCUGGAAGGGGCCCCUCAUGGGUCAUCAGUAUAUGUUUGUUGGGUUUGAGGGCAUCUUGAUUGUUGUUGCUGUGGCCAUUCUCAAUAUAUUCCAUCCAGCCUUAUGCAUGAGGGAGCUGUUGGAGCUGGAUGAUGGUGGUCUCAAGGGCAUUUGGGGCUUCCGCAACCGCAAAAACAAGGCGAUGGUUAGUGAAGAGUCAGUGGAGGAUUCAGACCGAAAGACACCCACGAGCGAAGCUGUUGCAGUUUAGGCCUGGUUCGGGAUGGUAUAUAUGGGGGAGUAUCAGAACGAGUAUCGGAAACAAUCACUGGGAUAUGUAUAGGGAAGACUGUAGGCAUUGAUAGGGUGGCACAAAUGUUGAUUG